AUCAAUCCUUUAGCAGCCCUUAUACUUGGUCACACUAAUAACAAAAGCGCAAACAAUUGCAUUAAUUUUAAGUGGAAUUUCGAAAAAUAGAAAGACUUUUCGCUAUAAAGGGAUUAUCAGUUCAUCCAAUAUGGCCAGCACUUCCCGCGCUGCUAGAAGCCAGAACGCCAGUCUUUCGCAGGCAACACAACCCAUUCGGGAAGUGGACGACAAAGUGCGUGCUAUUUUAAACUACAUUUUGGAUCACACCGCCCAGAAGAUUCCCAUCAAGGACAAGGAUUUGGUGCCAUCGGCGGGCGACAGGAACGAGCUGAAGAAACGCCUCCCGCUGGUUACUGAACUCCUGGCCAAGCGCUUCGGUAUUUUGCUCACCCCAUUGGAUGCGGCCUCCAAAACAUUAAUUUGCAUUGCGGAAGAGCCAGUGGCAUCCAUUCACGAGCUGACCCCGGCACAAAGACCUCAAUUCACACUUUUGUGCAUCGUCCUCCUGUACAUAUUCUUGCGCGGCAACCGCAUCGAGGACUCGAAACUGUAUGCCGUGCUGGAGAUGCUGAAUAUCCAGGCCGACGAGGAGCACGGGUAUUUCGGCGCCAAUGUGCGCAAGCAGAUCGAUGAGACGUUCGUGAAGCAACAGUACCUGAAGCGGGAGCGCUCGCAGCUGAGUGCCUACGAUGACGCCAAGACAUUUUUCCUUUGGGGACCGCGUGCCAAGGCGGAGUUUACCUACGAGCAGAUCGUGCAAUUUGGCUCCAAGCUUCUAAAUCAGCAUCCCAAAAUCUUCGAACCCCACCUGAUCAUGGCCCAGGAGGGUGCUAAUGCGGAACAGUAGACACUGGAAAUUUUCAGCAAAUAAAUUCACUCAAUAUUGUCAAAUUA